AUGACUCUAACGACACUAACACUUAACCUGCCAUGUCGCGGUCAUGUGGGUUGGCCAUGCCUGUCUCCCAGGUCAGGUCGAGUGAGAAUCGCCUUCCGGCCGUGCGCUUUAUGCUCUUUCAGGCGAUUGUUGCUAACUAUCAUUAUUUUAAAUACUUAUAUUAUUUGUAUUUUCGUUUCAAUUCCAUCGUAUUUCCAUCUUCUCUUCCUUUUCACAAGCGAUCAUGCUCCCCGACUCAUUGUCUGGAUUUCUCAGCAUCCCACGGAUCUAAUCGCAGGGCCGAAGCGCGGACGACUGCACUGCACACGAGUGGGGAGCAUGGCGCAAUUCGACGCACGUGAGCCGCGCUGUUUUGCUGCCGACGUGCGAGAAGGGGGCGCCGAGCUGCGGGAAAUAGAGCCUUGUUGGCAUUCUUGGCAUUCCUGGCGAGCACUCGGAUGCAGCAGAGGUUUCAGCUGCAGACGCACGAUUCUGUGCAGGCGGGCGUGCGGACGGGCGUGCAGACGUCCUCCCCAGUCCAGGCGUUUCGUUGGCUCUAGCGCAGUUCGCAGCACGCGAUCCGGCAAUGCGGGUGGGGGCUCGCGUCUCGCGGGCUCGUCGUCUCGAACUCGAACGGACGGUCGCCUAGGUGCUCAUCGGCAGCGGGCAUGUCUCAACCGCAGCCUAGAGCUACACCCAGCCUACAAAAUGGAGCCCGCCCGCUUCCUUUUGCCCUGCCCUCCUCCUUUCAGCCUGCACUGUACACUUGAUUUAGCCCUGCACGGUACACUUGAUUCAGCCCUGCACUGUACACUUGAUUCAGCCCUGCACUGUACACUUGAUUCAGCCCUACACUGUACACUUGAUUCAGCCCUACACUGUACACUUGAUUCAGCGCCCGUCUUCUGA